GUUCGUGUUUGUUCAUGUUAAAUUUCUACUGGAGUCAUUAACCCACGAAUACGCCUCAGAGCUUCGAGCCACGUAGUGUUUUAGUUGUUUAUGUUUUUUUAUGCUCCCAGUGUUUUCCUUUUUCAGAGUGAUUUUGUGUUUAUGUUGUUUUUUGUCCAUCAUAGUGGAUCUUUUUGUUUGAAUAAACCUCUUUUUGUUAAAACCGGAGUGAGUCGUGCAUUUGAGUUCAAUCUCGUUUUCUCAGUCGUAACAUAAAGUAUGAAGACUUUGGUUGCUGCAUUGGCUCUAUGCCUCCUCUGCCUGCAUGUGUCCCAGGCACUCAGCGAUCCUCAUCUUUUGAUCUGCACUGAUGCAAAAAUAAAAGAGAUGGAGGCCAGACUGACAAAGGCUGAAAAAGAGUUGAAGGAUCACAAGCAGAUGACCAGAAACCGGGUGGCCUUUGGAGCAUCUUUAGGGAACGUUGGACAUGUUGGCCCUUUUAACGCUGAGAUCACACUGACCUACAAGAACGUCUACACAAACACCGGAGCAUACAACCCUGCAACAGGUAUUUUCACUGCUCCAGUCAAAGGAGUGUAUUACUUCAGCUUCUCUGGUCAUAAUUCCUCAUCUAAACCAAUGGGACUGCGACUGAUGAAGAAUGGAGAGCAAAUGGUUACUGUGUACAACCAUGCAGCUGGAAACCGCGCUGAGACAGCAACCAACGGCAUGACUCUACAGCUUGAAGUGGGAGACCAUGUGUACAUAAGACUCCGGUCGACCACCUGGAUUUAUGAUAAUGGAAACAACCACAGCACCUUCAUUGGGCAUUUGCUAUUCCCUCUGUAGUCUGGAAUGAUGUCCAAAAAUGUCUAGAUAAAAUAUCUGGAUCUUUAGCAGCUUGACGCGUUUCACCAGCCACUCUGUCAGUUUUCUCUCUUAGCUGAUUUGGUGGUGGGCAAACUUUAAUCAAACAAUAAAUAUAGGUUAAAAGAAAUCCCUAUUGUAAGUGCGCAUAUUGAAAGAUUAUAAGCUAGGAAAAAUGCAUAUUCAUUGAGUAAAUGAUUGCUUUAUAAACUGUUUCUAUUAAUAAAGCUA